GCUACAGGAGCUAAACAGGGAAGACCCAAAAGGAUACAAAAAUUUCCUAAGGGUAGACGCUGAUAUGUUUGGGGAGCUUGUUGAUCGCAUAUCACCCAGAAUUCAGAAAAAGAACACCAACUUCAGGUAAAUCAUGGGUUUGAUCCCCAUCAUUUUCACGUAUUUCUGAAAUAAUUAGUCAUCUAGUUACUUUUCCAACCAAUUGACAUCAACAGCUCUGUGCAAUUGUCACUAAUAUUUAAGAAAUUUUAAUACGUUGUAUAAUAGCAGGCUAGUUAUUACUUAUCAUUGUUCAAUCUCUAUUUCAGGGAAGCCUGGAGCCUGGAUUGAAGUUGGCGGUCACUCUUCGUCAUCUCGCAACUGGAGCCUCGUAUUCAGACUUGAUGUACUCAUUCCGAGUGGGAAGUAACACAAUAAGUAAAUUCGUCCCUGAAGUUUUGGAUGCUAUAAUACAGGAGUACUCUGAAGAGGUUUUGCCAGACGUCGUCACUGCUGAACAAUGGCAGCAGAUUGCAGAUGACUUCCGAACCAAGUGGAAUUUUCCUCAUGUCUGCGGGGCUCUUGAUGGUAAGCACGUGAGGAUAAAGAACCCGAAGAACUCUGGAUCUCUGUUCUAUAACUAUAAAGGCUUCUUUUCCAUAAUACUACUCGCACUCGUAGACGCAAACUACAAAUUCAUCUGGGUAAGCGUUGGUGCUAAUGGCAGUGCAUCCGAUGCCCAGCUAUUCAAUAACACUGAACUCAGAACCAUGCUAGAAGAAAACAACCUUGGUUUGCCUGACCCUGAUCCACUGCCUGGCGAUGACAUGAACACCCCAUACUUCCUCAUUGGAGAUGACGCCUUCCCGUUGAGAACUUGGAUGAUGAAGCCAUACUCCAGACGCAACUUGACCAACGAGGAGCGCAUAUUCAAUUACAGGUUGUCCAGGGCUAGACGAGUGGUAGAAAACGCCUUCGGUCUUCUCGCUAUGCGUUUUCAGUGCCUACUUGGCUGCUUGAACCAGAUGCCCGAAACCGUUGACUUGAUUAUUCUUGCAUGUGUCACACUGCAUAACCUUAUCAGCAUACGGUACCCUGCCAUUGCAAGACUGGCCGUCGACCAAGAGGACGAGCAUAACCAAUUAGUACCUGGUGAAUGGCGCCAAGGAAGACAGUUGGCUGAUGGUGAUCGGACCCAUGGAAGAAAUGUGGUGACAUCCGCUGGGGUCAGUCAGAGGAACUACAUUAAACACUACUUCAACUCCCGAGCUGGUUCAGUUGAGUGGCAACAGAAUAUGAUUUAGUGUGUUAGUUACUUUGGAAAGAUAUUUUGAUGAAGUGUAUAACCUAUAUGAUGCGAGUAUGCACAAGUUAUGUAGUUAUUAAAGUGAUUU